CCGAAGAUAAUUUGUAGUAGCAUUAACUGGUAUUAUACUUGUUCAAGUAAACAAUAUUUUUCUUACUAAAUAAUCGUUCUAGAUGUGCAAACGCCUAAGACUACUUUAUCAGACUGGCAUGAAUUUAUAAAUCCAAACUGGCGCUUAUUCAGCGGCCCAGCCCUGUGACAACACCUAGCGUCCAAUGAAAAGACACCUGUCAACCAGACGGUUUCCGGUUACGACCCGAUAGAGGAUUUGUUUGUGGCUGAUUUUGGCAGAAAUAACUGCCUACCUGAAAUACUUUGCGGUUUAUAGCUGUGUUUAAAAUCGGUGGUGUUAGACAAAGACUGCGACAGGAGUGCGGGAACAGUACUUGGUAACCUGUAAUAGGUAUGACUGCGAUUUGUGAUUUCACCUGACCCCGAUACGGAAGUGGCGACAGAGAAAUCACGCGAAUUGCAGUUUUCAGACAUUUUGUGCGUGUCAGUGUACAGAUUUCACAAGCGGCCACAUAAUGUCCAAAAAAGAUCGACGAAAAGUGUUAGCACAGAUCUGGGGUACACCUACGAGUAGAGACAUCGAUAUUAUAGACGAAGGGAAGCAAAUCGUAGUGGCGUCAUCUUCCAGCGGUAUUAUUCCAUGGUGGCUACACAUUUUUCAAGCUGUGUACCCAAACAUCAAGUACCUAGAGAAAGGCGAGAUAAUUAAGCUCAAACCAACAGUUGACGUGACUGUUAAGCUCAACAAAACCACCAGAUUAAUGAGAAUUUCUGGUAAGAAUCACUGGCCUUGGUUUGUGGACAACUUCGAGAGGCUUCUGGAGCAAGGAAACGAAGAAGCAGAGAGACUGAGCGAUGCUCCAUCAUCAGAGAAUUCUGUCACCCGUUAUCUUCAGCUAGACAAAGACGAUGAAUUGGUUCAGGACCUGUUGGACCAGAUCCCAGAAGGUGGUGGUAUAAUGCAAAAUGACUUUAUUAUGCGAGUCUGGAAAGCAUUACUAGAUGACUGGUUUGGUGUUGGAGCAGCAGUAUUUGUUGUUACACCUAGCAUUGACUCGGAGCGUCUCUUUCAAAUGCUGCUGCUGAUGUUAAGAAACAAAGGGACAGGUUUUUCAGUGACACUGGUUACACCUGCCAAGUCUGCUACUGGAGAAAAAUUUUCCAAAGUGAUGGACCUGACAAAGCGACGAAUGAAGGAAGUUAAGGUCACGACACCAGCUGGGCACCAAAAGCACCUGCUGUCAGAGGUUAAAAUGCAGUGGGUUCUGGACACAGUUAAAGUCAUCCAUGAAGAAUUCUCCACCAAUUUUAUUGCUGCUUACAAAGAUGAUGAAGCUGAGGUGCUGACAACGACAGCAUAUUUCCACAAAUCUCACUUUCAUUUUAAUCAAAAGGACAAUGUCUGCUACAACCGUCUCCCAACUCGUGACCUUAAACGAAACUAUCUGCUUCCUCUAAACAUCACAAGCAACAUCAUAUAGAGCAGCUGUAUUUGUACUUCAUAUUCCAGGUUAUCAGGCUGCGGAGACACAACUGUUGAAGCAUGCUGUCAAAAAUUGUACAUAAACUAGAACUAGUGAGCAAUAUGGUGGCCUGUUCUCGUUUGAACACAAAAACUUGAACAGUUUAUUUUGGUCAGAGGUCAGGUUGUUGCCACUCUUCAUUGCAAUGAGUUGGUUGUUGCAUUCCCCAUUUAUGUACACCAGAGUAGGAAUGCACUGUUGACAGAAUAACCUUAGAGUAUUCUUAUCGACACCAUUUAAGACCAUUACAAAUUAUUAAGAUAAAAGGAGAUACUGAUUAAAGACUCUUUUGUAUUGCUUGUUUUAUUUAUACUUAAUAAGAGGAUGGGCAAACUAGGUUUUAUGCCUUAAGACUUCCAGGGAACAAGGUUUUUUCCUUCUGUAAACAGUACAGUUCCACCAUUUACCAGAGCACUAGAAGCAGAAUAACAUGGUAGGAAAAAAAAGACAUUAAUUCUAUGGUCAAUAUAUUAGAUAUUGUGCUAGUAGGAAUACAUUGCAGUAUUUUAAACUUUAUGUUUAGCUUGUCUCAUUUUAAAGCUUAAAUCCGCGGUUCUCAAACAGUGGGGUGCACGACAUGUUUAGAAGGGGGUGCGAAGGUGGUCAUUUUUUAAAAGUUUCUUAUACCGGUAUUAGUGAAAUUAGCUUACACUGCUGGCUAAAGGGGGCACACGGACGUACCUUUGCUCAUCAGGGGGUCGUCACAAGUAAAAGGUUGAGAACCGUUGGCUUAAAUGAUAAUUUUUGUGAGCAUGUGUUGAAGCAUGUAUGUUCUUGCGCAUUGUAUUUUCUUUUUGUGUAAAUAUAAGAGGUUGUGAAUGUUACACUGACUACACUGUUUCCGUUUGCACGUUUGUGAUUGUAUUUAAUCUGAUGAGAUAAUUUUAUAUGCACUUUCAUGGUGAAGACAAGCAUACAGUCUUGGAAACAAGGACUAACAUGAACAAUUUUUAACUUUUUUGAUAAAUUUAGGGAAAAAUUAAAACAUAAUAUUUGAUAAUCACACACUGAGCAACAGUUAUCUGUAACCUUAAUAUUAUCAAUUUGUUUUGAAAAUAUGGUGCUUGAAAUAUGGUAAAGUUAAAGAAAUUGAAACUAUCACAUAAGUUGUGUUGAUUAUUGUGCCUUAUGGAAGCCGUAUAGAAAUAAUUGUCAGAAAUCAGAAAUGAAUGUUGUUUUCAGUUCUAUUUUUUAAUUUAAACAUUCUUGUUUCAUGUUGUGAGCAGGAUGCUGCACUUGUAAAUAUAAAAUAUUUUGUGUAAGCCUUCACCUUAUUUUGAUUCCUGCCUGCUUUUAGAAACUAUAUCCUGUUACAAUUGAUUUGUGCAAUCAAACUAAAGACAUUUUCAGCUGUGGAGGAGGGCAGGCACACAUUAUUGCUGCAACUAUUUCAGAAUUAAAGGCCUUUAUUUUGAUUUUGUCCUUCUGUUUACAAUAUAAGCAAAUAGUGCAGUUAGCAUACAUACAUGCACCAAUCAGAAUAUGACAUUAGUUGAGACUGUCAUUAAAAAGAUGAGAAAUU